CGGAUGUUAAUCGUGAUGUUGCAAGCGAUGUAUUUAUAAUUUGCCGCCAUUUGUUGGGGUUUGCUUUUGUUGCAAAUGCCGAAUGUAUAUAAUCUAAACCGUAAACGGUAGAUGAUCGACCAUGUAUAUUAAACAGCUUGUCAUCCAAGGGUUCCGAAGUUACCGGGACCAGACAGUUGUGGAACCAUUUCAUCCAAAACACAAUGUUAUUGUGGGAAGAAAUGGCUCUGGAAAAAGUAACUUCUUUUAUGCCAUCCAGUUUGUGCUGUCUGAUGAGUUCAGUCACAUGCGUCCGGAGCAGCGCCAGGCAUUGCUUCACGAGGGUACGGGCCCCAGGGUCAUCACCGCCUUCGUCGAGAUUAUCUUUGACAACUCGGACAACCGAAUUCCAAUUGACAAGGAUGAAGUUGUAUUGAGAAGAGUCAUUGGCUCAAAGAAGGAUCAAUAUUUUCUCGACAAGAAAAUGGUCACUAAGACUGAUGUGAUGAACCUGCUGGAGAGUGCUGGCUUCUCCCGAAGUAACCCGUACUACAUUGUCAAACAGGGAAAGAUCAACCAGAUGGCAACUGCCCCAGAUUCACAGCGUCUCAAACUGCUGAGAGAGGUUGCAGGGACCAAGGUUUAUGAUGAAAGGAAAGAAGAAAGUAAAAUUAUUCUAAGAGAAACAGAGGGUAAGCGCGAGAAGAUCAACGACCUGCUGAAGUACAUCGAGGAGAGGCUGGACACCCUGGAGUCAGAGAAGGAGGAGUUGAAGGAGUACCAGAAGUGGGACAAGAUGAGGAGAUCUCUUGAAUACACCAUCCAUGACCAUGAGUUGAGAGACACAAGAAAAAAACUUGAUGAAUUACAAGAGAAACGGGACAAUAGUGGACAGAUGAGCCAGAAACUGCGGGAUAGUCAGCAACAGGCAACUGACAAAGUCAAGUCCAUCAACCGAGACCUGAAGGACCUGAAGAGUCGUAUGCAGACCAUCCUGGAUGAGAAGGACACGAUGGUGAGCGAGAACCAGGACCUGACGAAGAAGAAGGCCAAGCUGGAGUUGAACAUCAAGGACAUCGUUGAUGAGAUGGAGGGCAACACCAGUGCCAGGACGAAGUCUGAGACGGAGCUGAAGAAGCUGAAGGACAAAAUUGUUAAGACUCAGGAAGCUCUAGAGGCCAUUGUACCCCAGUAUGAAGGCCAGCGGGAUCUGGAGGAACAGGCUGCCAAUGAACUGUCUCUAGCUGAGCAGAGGAGGAAGGAGCUGUAUGCCAAGCAGGGGCGUGGCAACCAGUUUACAUCCCGGGAGGACCGAGACACUUGGAUCAAGAAGGAGUUGAAGUCCCUCAACAAGGCUAUCCGGGACAAGGAGGAACAGAUUAAAAGAUUAACCGAUGAUUCUGGGAAAGAUGAACAAAGACGCCAGGAACUUGUGACGAAGAUAGAGGGCAAUGAGAGCAAGAGCGAGCACUUCAAGAGCAUGCAGGAAAGAGACAACAAGGACUACCAGGAGAAAAAGAAGGAGAAGGACAACCUGCAGAAUGAGAGGAGUGCACUGUGGAGGCAAGAGAACUCCCUCCAGCAGACUCUCCAGUCCGGGCGGGAGGAACUCAGUAAGAAGGAACAGGGACUCCGAUCUCUCACCGGCAAGGCCUUGUUGAACGGUAUUGACAGUGUCAGCAAGGUGUUGAAUCAGUUCCGAGAGCAAGGGCGUUACCCUGAGGUUGUGUCUGGUUACCAUGGCGUUCUCAUCGAGACCCUGGAGGCUGAGAAGACCUUCUAUACCUGUGUGGAGGUCACUGCUGGAACAAGGUUGUUCCAUCACGUAGUGGACACCGACAAGACUGGAACCAAGAUUCUCCAAGAGAUGAACCGCCUGCGUCUGCCGGGAGAGGUCACAUUCAUGCCCCUCAACCGUCUGGACAGCAGGGACACAAUCUACCCCGAUACACAGGAUGCUAUUCCUAUGAUCCAGAAGAUAAAGUAUGAAAUGAAGUUUGACCCUGCCAUCAAGCACGUGUUCGGGAAGACCCUGGUGUGUAGGAGCAUGGAGGUGGCCACGCAGAUUGCCAGAACACAGAAUCUCGAUUGUAUCACACUAGAGGGUGACCAGGUCAGUCGUAGAGGUGCUUUGACUGGCGGCUACUACGACACGCGCCGAUCACGUCUGGACCUCCAGAAGAGCAAGAUGGAGCUGACGGCCCAGUGUGCGGAACACGAAGUCGCGUGCAGAGAGCACCGGGAGAAGCUGGAGACUCUGGAGGGCAAGAUCAACAACCUGGUGUCCGAGAUGCAGAAGCUGGAGACAAAGUGUAGCAAAUAUAAAGAUACAUAUGAAAAGUUACAAGCAGAAGUCAGGCUGGCAAAAGAAGAAUUGAAGUCGGUGGAAAAACAGAAGCCCUCAAAGGGCAAGAGUGUUUCAAGUCUGGAGAGCAGUCUGGCAGCCAUGGUGGCAACCCGGGACUCCCUCAAUGAAGAGGUGGGCACGGACCUUCUGUCUCAACUCAGCAUGGAGGACCAACGAGAGGUUGACCAGCUCAAUGACAAGGUCAAAGGCAAGACGGAGGAGAACAGAGCUGCAUGGAAGGAAAGAAUCAGGCUGGAGGGUGAGAAGAACAAGCUGGAUAACAUGCUCACCAACAACCUGUACAAGAAGCGGGAUCGGAUCUUGAACGAUCUGCAGGAGACAUCAACAGAAGAUCGUACCCAGAGACUAGACAAUUUACAAGGUGAUCUGCAGUCUGUGGAUGACAGGAUCUCCGAGCUCAAGAAAACAUCUAAAGAUCUAGAUGACCAGUUAGACAGAUUUAACAAGGAACAAAAAGAGUUGCAGAGUAACCUGGAGUAUUGGAAGGGCCAAGAAAAAGAAUAUCAAGAAAAAAUCAGUGAUGAUGCAAAAGAUCUAGAGAAAAUGACCAAUAAACAAAGUUUAUUAUUGAAGAAGAAAGAGGACUGUAUGAGGAAGAUCCGAGAGUUAGGUUCCCUGCCAAGUGAUGCCUUUGAGAAAUACCAAGAUCUCAGUAUGAAACAGCUGUUCAAGAAGCUGGACCAGUGCAAUCAUGAACUCAAGAAGUACAGCCAUGUAAACAAGAAAGCUCUUGACCAGUUCGUCAACUUCUCGGACCAGAAGGAAAAGUUGAUGAAGAGGAAAGAUGAAUUAGACCGUGCCCACAGUUCUAUCUUGGACCUGAUGAAUGCCCUGGACCAGAGGAAGUACGAGGCUAUCCAGCUGACAUUUAAACAGGUGUCCAAGUACUUCACGGAGAUCUUCAAGAAGCUGGCUCCCCAGGGGCAUGCUGUUCUAGUCAUGAAGAAGGGGGACAGUGAAACCGAUGGAGCCGAUGACUCACAGGGACAGUCACAACAGGAUGUGCCUCUCGUGGAACAGUUCACUGGAGUGGGAAUCAGGGUGUCGUUCACUGGAAACCGAGCUGAGAUGAGAGACAUGCAGCAGUUGUCCGGAGGUCAGAAGUCACUCGUGGCCUUGACCUUGAUCUUUGCCAUCCAGAAGUGUGACCCCGCGCCCUUCUACCUGUUUGAUGAGAUUGACCAGGCCCUGGACUCCUCUCACAGAAAGGCUGUCGCUGACAUGAUCCACGAGCUGUCUCAGGAUGCUCAGUUCAUCACCACCACAUUCCGACCGGAGCUUCUCGAACACUCCGACAAGUUUUAUGGUGUCAAAUUCAGGAAUAAGGUGAGUCAUAUCGAGUGUGUCAGUCGGGAAGAAGCGCAGGACUUCGUGGAGGAUGACACCACCCACGGCUGAUCAGCCCCCCAACCCUUGACAAGUAUCAAAUACUACAGUCAAAACCUCAUCAUCUGUGACAGCAGUAAUGGCAACAGCCGCUGCUGCUUGGACAUUGACACAAGAGGCGGACACCAGUAUCCAUGGCGAUGCCCGGGCAGCUGAAAUGGACUAUUUUUGUAUUUUGCUGGGUUUGAUAGGGUCCUAUUCUUGAUACCAGAAAUCAGGUCAUGAAGCAAGUCCCUACAUAAUAGUGGUUAUGUAAAGCAUACUACCAAAAUUAUUACCACUGUUUGCAUUUUUUUCUUAUUGUGACAGAUGAAGCCGAAUCAGGGUUGAUGAAUUUUCAUAUUUUUCUUUUUUUUAUUGUUGUCAAAUCUUCGCCCUAACGUGUACAUGCCAUGAAUUACUGAGGUCAUUUCAUGGGUAUCAUUGAUGUCAUCACACAGAAUGCAAUAUAUUGUUGACAUGUUAUCACCGUGCUAUUUACAUCUCAUCUGUACAAUUCACUGCUGUAUAUAAGAUUUUAUACCAUAAUAACCCAUGUUCAGAUCUGCCAUUUCUGUACUACAGUGUAGCAAGACAACCAUGAGAGACUAAUCAGACCAUUGUUACGCCAUACGUAAGAUAAUUUGAUGAAACGGCACAUAUGUACAUGAAAUCUGUCUUUUAAGGAAGGCCAUUUCACAGAGACGAAAUUAUAGAGAAAUAUCAGUCAUUUGUAUAUAGAAACAUCCAAGCAUCUUUAACGUGUCUUAUCUUUUACAGCACAUUUAGCAUAACCAUAGAAUUCCAACUGAUGAAAACGUCAUCAUUUUUCUUAGAACCAGCAUCAACCGUAAUGGUUAGAUUUUGUCUUUGACCAGAUCUUCCAGUGUAGUUUCUGCAUUUUCCUUUACUUAUAUAUAAUGAUAGUUCAGACUGCAUUCAGAGUUGUUCUCAAAGGUGCUGUCAGUUACAGUGAUUGUGGACAGGAGAUGCGCAUUGGAGAAAACACUCUCUCCAUUGUGGUUGCUUGUCUGGCAGAAGCACAGGUUCCCAUUUCACAAAGCAACCAUAGCACUAUGAUGAUCUUAACUUCCAUACUUUAACAUAACGCUAUCAUCCCUUUGUGAAGUGGGCCCAGAUGAGGGUGCCAUUGUACAAAGUGGUCCUUGCUCUAAGGUGAUCGUAACUCCCAUACCAUAGACUUGAGACAGUCGUUGCGCUAAGGUUGUUUUGUACAACGGCCCCCUGUACAGUAAGUGAAGUCCAUCCUUGUUCCCCCAAUCAUAUGGGUUCACGAUAUACCAGUGAGGACCAGUGACAGUACUGGUAAAUUAAUUUAUUUCCUGACAAGAAAACUGCUUGGCAUCACCAGGCAGUGUUUGACCAUCAGAAUCCCCAUCAUGAAGAGUCACAUCCGAAUUGAGAUACCCACAACUAAGUGGAUAUCCCAUGUGUUCAGUCCUGCCAUUUAUGAAUUCAUAAAAACAUAUAUAUAGAGGUAGCAUUUAUGUAAGAAUUACAGAAACUGAUAUUUUAAAGCUUAUUGUUUUCAUUAGAUGGAAGACACGUUUGCUGUUCUAACCAUUUUGUCAUUGUAAUUACCUGUUGAUGUUCCCCUGCUCUUAGUGCAGCAGCUUACUUAGUAAGACUUGAAGCUGGUACUGCAUGUUCUACAGUUAAUGUACAGUUUGUUGUUGCAGUGUGUGGAACAUUCUGACACUGCCUUAGUGUUGUACAGGCCUGACUUGAGGCCAAUCUGACGUGGGCGAUGCUAACAUCAUCGGUGACUUUGUCACAUUGCCCAAUCAUCUAUGUAUUGUAAAUGUGUGUGUAUCAAGGCUGAAGACCUAUGCAAGAAGUUCAUUAGUUUAGGGCAUGAAACUAUGAUCAGAUGUAAUAAUAAUAAUAAUAAUAAUAAGAGGCUAUUUAUAUUGCACAUAUUUCCACACCACUCAGGGGCAUGCUCAAAGCGCUAUUAUUACCCCGGUCACUGGAUCACUGUGCACUCAAGAAUCAUUCUCAGCUCCCUUGGGAGUAUACACCAGGCUCUAUGUUCUUAGGCAGAAAAUUGAGUUGAGCACAGGAAAGAAUUUUCACCUUCACAGAACUAAUAUGACCAGAUGUUUUAUUGUCCUGAAAAAAAAUACAAGAUGAGAAACAUUCUUUAUAACUUUACAAGGCCUUGUUUGAAAGUGUUGAUCUGAUGCCUUAAGCAAUAUUCGCUAACACAUAGUCUUAAUCUAUGAACUAAUACUUGAACUUGUUUGCUUGUUUACAAGUUUCAAUAACGUCUUUAACAAAAGGUUUAUAAUGAAAUGAACCGUGAAAGCCUGGAAAUUAUAUAAAGGAAACAUAAGUGACAGACAUGUGUCAUGAUACCGAUGGUAGAACUCACGUCAGAAUGGGUUGACAAGUUGGGUUUCAGUUCCAUGUGUUCAGUGUUGAAUGUUAUAAACAGCCGUCGGACUAGUUAGAUGCCUGCUUCUUGCGCAAAUCUAAGGUAUAACGGUAAUCUCAUGGCAGCAAUAUCACUCACAAAAAUUAAACUAAAGCCUGUGAUUUCUGGGCACAAAUGUUACAAAAUACUGGUGUAGCAAGGAUUCAUUUUAAUAUUUGCUAAAUAUUUAUGAUAUAAUUUUUGUUUCUCAAACAUGUCCAGGCCUGGUAUGCAGUGAUUGUCAUCUUGAACAAUGUGAAGACAAAGUAAAUGUAAUGACUCACUGUUCGAACUAGUUACAAUUUCCAGCAGAGCAGGCAUCGAGAGUGUUUGUGUGCGUGUCACUGUCAGUGGCUAUAGAUUCCACUUAGUAUUAACUUAAACUUCAUUUGGCAUAUAUAUUUGGAUAAGGAUGCUAAUUUCCUGAAACUUUGUCUCCCUGUCUCUGUUUUUAGCUUGUCCUUGGACCCCUAACAAUAUUUGUAGAAUUUUGUGGUUGCAUCAAACUUGUUCCAUGCUGUCAAUAAGAGGUGUGAAUACUGCAGAGACUGUAUUUAUGGUUCUACAUACUGGAUAGUGUGUACUUGGUUGCAUCCGACUUUCGGAAACAAAAAGCACUUGUAAGUCGUUUGUUAAUGAUGUUGUUAGCCAUUGGUCUGUGACACGCACGUAGUGUCAGUAUUUAUAUGGAAUCUGAAUGUUAAUCAGUUUUAUGAAAUAAAUUUAUAUUAUAUUGUAAAGAAA